AUGUCUGACGAGACAAAGAAAGAAGGAACGGCAUCUCAGCAGCUUGCUGUAACGUCACUUCAAGAAACGACACAACCGACAGGCCUACACUCCGUACCAGCGGCUUCGAUCCCGGAACCCCAAUCUCCCCCACAGCCCGUACCCCCCAGCACAUCUAGAGAUGAGAUCAUUUCGAAAGCGCGCGCUUUUCUUGCAUCUCCUCAAGUUCAAUACCAGGAUGUCCAUGUGAAACGAGCAUUUCUAGCUGAGAAGGGACUCAACGGUGCUGAGAUCGAGAGCUUGCUGCACAGAGUGCCGACGCAACUCCCAACUAUUCCGCCCAGAACAUAUCCCCAACCCCCUCCGUCGAAUUUACCCCUACUGCUUCUGGGUAUUGCACGGCUAUUCUCCUGGUUAGCUGGAGGCUCUGCUCUCCUUAUUUUCGCAUAUCAUCGCUUCUUGCUACCAAGGAUAACCCACACCUAUCUUGCUCGGCAAUCCCUCAAAGGUCACCAUCUCUCGUUAUUGAGGCAGUUGACGACAUCUCUUUCUGCCUUGAAGGAGUCGCAAGCGGAAUCAUUUUCUGUCCUUCCCAGACCCGACCCGUUCAAGGAGUCCAAAGAGAACCAGAAUUUGCACUCCGUCGCUGAACUUUUGAAAUCGGUCAACGAAAAAAUUCCUCGCUAUGACCAAAUUCCUGUGGUGACUCUUUUGCGGUGUGCCUUGGAGGAUUUUGGACGAGGAAAGGAUGGCGAGGACGCCAAACCUAUGACAGAGGAUUUGUUCCGUUACCUCGAUGGCCAAAUUCCUUGGCUGCUCACUGAAGAAGGAUUAGAAUUCGAGCAAGAACUAUGGGAUACGCUAUCGACGAGCACGCUAUUUUCCAAACGUUCACCAUCAUCGUCCUCCGAAGCUCCUGGCAUGCCUUCUCGCUGGGAGUAUGUCCGUCCAAAUGCAGUCCCUAGUCCUCCGCUCGUCGACUCCUUACAAGCUUUGUCUGCUCAAAUGCCGAAGGACGUAAACACGCGAAAGAGCCCCUUCCAAUACACCUUGCAAGCACUCUCAGAUUUUACCGGCUAUAUCAGCACACAGGUCUACUUACCGUACAGGCACCCAAAUAUCCAAGGAACGAUCGAGGAAGAUAUCAAGAAAGAAAUAAAGUCCUUGAAAGGAUUGGUCUUGAAUAGACGGUCAUUCAUGACUGCUAUUCCAAGGGCUCCUUUGCCAACUUCGAGUACCCGUACAACUCCAUGA